AUGAAAUGGCAUCCAAGGACUUUAUCAUUAUCCUGCCCCAUCACGCAAUCUGGUCUGAAAGAGGAGGAUGUGCUUGUGGAAGUGUCCACGUGCGAGCUGCAGGUGCACGUGCAGGGCAAGAAGCUGGCAGACAUGAGCGGCAUGCUCUGUGGGAGCAUCCGCCAAAAUCUCUCCUGGUGGAGGCUGCGACGCGAGGUCGCAAGGCGGAUGAACUGUGGCGUAGACGAGGCCCACGAAAGGCUGACUCUCGAGGUGGAGCUGGCAAAGACCACUCACAAAAGCUGGCCUGAUGUGUGGCACAAGAAGGAGAUGAAGCAUCCCGAUGCCCGGUCGGGCUACCCGUGGACACCAGCCAUGGAGGCUGCUCAGGACACCAAGCGCGCUGCCAGAGUGCCCUUGGCCCAGGGGCCUCUGCAGCGCUCGAGGGCCACGGAGGAAGGUGCCAUGCCAGGCUUUUUAUUUGCUCCUGAUGAUCUCUGCAUCGGCAUCGACACAUUGCAGGACAGCAAGACGAUCACAGUCCGGAUUCACUUUGAGACCGAAGCACUCCACGUCGUCCAGAAGAUCAUGCCGCUGGAAGAACUCUUUGCUGCGGAUAUCCUGGAUGAUCGCAUCAAUAUCUUCCUGCAGGGUGACGAGCAGAAUCCCAUUCUCUGGGCAGGACUUUCGGGAAGGUGCAUUCCGAAGUCGACUACCUGGGCGCUGACGACCUGCGACAGUUUCCGAAACCGGCAGCGCAACCCCAGUGCCCCAGGCCACGCCUUGGCAAUCGUGCUGAAAAAGCACAAGGAUUACUAUGGCUCCUGGCCUCAGCUCUUCUCAACCUGUGUCCAGCAUCCCUUGAUGUUGAAGAAUUACGACGAGCUGGAGGACUUGUUGGAGGCUCUACGGGGAGACGAGGAGGAUCGACGCCGCCUGACCGCUGAGCAGCGACGGAGCUGUGAGCGGCAGCUGUCCGAGUGGAAGGAGGAGCGAUUCGAGGGCUUGCCGGGCGCGGCGCUGCUGCCCAGGCAACGUGAGGAGGCCUUUGACACCUUGCAAUUCGAGCUUUCCGCCCAGGGCUCCAAGUGUGACAGUCGCGACAAUGGCAAAAUGAAGAGUACUUUCGGCAUGAAGGGUCGGUGCCAAGACCAGAACGAGCUGGAGUACGUAAAUCCAGCUGGUGCUGCCGACGUGUUGUAUAUAUACCCCAAGGAGGAUCACAACAGCGCCUUUUCACUAUGCUCCUCGGGUACAAUCGACCCAAGCGUGUGCUACCGCCUCGUCCACAUGGCUCAUCACUACUCCGUGCAUUUUGUGCGCGUGGCAUCGGUGCAAGAAGCGAUUGCCUUCGUAAAAGGGAUGCCCAGCAAUGUGAGGCUUAAGCAUGUCGUCCUGGGUGGACAUGGCGAUCCACGCACUCUGGCGUGGGGAAGCGAGGACACUGAGAGUGACACGGUGAUGCCCGAGUUGCGGGUAGACGAACCUGCGACGCGGGAGUUGCUCGAUGCUCUCUACCCUCACCUCACCGUUGAUGGUACAGAAAGAACACGUUCCACCGUCUUCUUGGAUGCAUGCCUGAAUGGCAGGCCGGUGGCAGACAAGAACAUGCUCCAAUUCGUCGCUCACCGGCUUGCAGGCGCCGAGGUCUUCGCUUCGAAAAUUUCCUUUGACAACAGUCAGUUUGUGCUCGACAACUACCUUCACUUCAACGCACAGAUUAUCGACGGGAAGCAGGACAAGAUGGUCAGUGCCAUCUUCCACCCGGGCCUCCGCGCAUUGCAUUUUCAUCCGAACCGAGUUUGCAAGAAAAAAGAGCUGGUCAUGGCGCAAACCAUGGAACUUUGUGCUGAGUUGUGUCAGAAGGCCGGUGAUGACUGUGCUGCCUUCAUUUACUACCCCAAUGGCAACCAGCGAGUAACGCAGGUAUGCUUCCACAGCAAAAGAUGCGACAGCAUGAAAAGAUCGAAGAAGGGAGCCAUGGUCUUCACCAAGGAGACUGAGCAGGAAGACGAUAGCGAUGACUCGGACGAGGAAGACUAA